AUGGUAGCUAAUAACCCUCCUGAUCUUGAUUUAGAAAGUAUCAUCGACAGACUUAUUGAAGUUCGAGCUUUUCGGCCUGGAAAACAAGUGAAUUUGACAGAGCAAGAAGUUAGGAAUCUUUGUAUGAAAUCAAGAGAAAUCUUUAUGUCACAGUCGAUUCUUCUGGAACUAUCUGCACCGAUGAGAAUUUGUGGAGACAUCCAUGGACAAUAUAACGAUUUAUUGCGGCUUUUUGAACAAGGCGGGUUCCCUCCAGAGUCGAAUUACCUAUUAUUAGGAGAUUAUGUAGACCGUGGGAAGCAGAGUUUAGAAACCAUAUGUUUGCUUCUGGCUUAUAAAAUAAAAUACCCGGAAAACUUUUUUUUACUUAGAGGAAAUCAUGAAUGUGCGAGUAUCAAUCGUAUUUAUGGAUUUUAUGAUGAAUGCAAAAGACGAUACAACAUAAAAAUAUGAAAAACCUUCAUCGACUGCUUUAAUUGUCUCCCAAUCGCUGCAAUUGUUGACGACAAAAUACUUUGCAUGCAUGGAGGACUUUCUCCUGAACUUUCUUCUAUCGAUCAAAUUAGAAGGAUUAUUCGGCCUACUGAUGUCCCAGAUACUGGGCUAUUAUGCGAUUUAUUAUGAAGUGAUCCUGAUAAGGAUGUGCAAGGGUGGGGAGAAAAUGACAGAGGCGUUUCUUUUACAUUUGGAGCUGAUAUUGUAUCAAAUUUUUUGAGGAGACAUGACUUAGACCUGAUUUGCAGAGCACAUCAAGUUGUAGAAGACGGAUAUGAAUUUUUUGCCCAAAGGCAACUUGUUACAGUAUUCUCAGCUCCAAAUUACUGUGGAGAGUUUGAUAAUGCUGGAGGCAUAAUGAGCGUUGAUGACAGUUUAAUGUGCAGCUUUCAAAUUCUAAGGCCUUCAGAGAAAAAACAGAAAUUCAACUAUGGAGGACUUAAUGUAGGAAGGCCUGUAACUCCACCAAGAACGAAAACUGUAAAGAAAAGUUUCACUUAG